GAUUAUGUGGUUCAUAUAAGCCCGCCAGAGGGCGCUGUUGCUAUUCGUGUGACGGCACGUUUGAAAACGAGGCCCAAGUCCCAUCAUGGCGUCCGGGACGGUCAAACAGGACCUACCACCAAAAGGUGGUUACGGACCGAUUGAAUACGCCCGCAGACUUCCUAGGAGGGGUCCAUCAGGUUAUGCCCUGUUUGCCCUUGGUAUUGGAGUGGCCGUAUAUGGGUACGCAAAACUUUUCGCUACCAACAGACGGAGAAGGCAAGACUGGGCUGAGGAGGUAGAAGUACAAGUCAGCCUGCAUCCUCUUCAUAAGGCAGAACAAGACAGACUCAUCUUGCGGCAGUAUCGAUCCAACCUGGAGGAAGAGGCCAAAAUUAUGGAGGGGGUGGAAGGAUGGGUUGUCGGAGAGAGCGUCUACCAGAGUGAGAAGUGGCACACCCCGCAUCCCGUGGAAAUCCUUAACCUACGGCCUCGCGAAGAUAUGGUCCGCAAAGUGUAUGGCUACAACUAUGAUAUCUAAUCACUCAACUUGUACGUUUCUUUAACAUCCUGUAAUAUGCUUUAAGACUGACAUCACACACCAUCUGAGAUUCUCCUGUCUAAGAUUGUACCUCACUUAAAGAGGAAGGAACUGUUCUUUGUGUGCUUGUUAGAGCUGGUGGUAACCAUCAAAGUGUAGUGUUACUGACAGAAAUUAAAAGGACAAACAUCA